AUGGCAUUGGUAUUUCAGUUUGAGCAGCCCGUGAGGGCCCAGCCUCUGCCAAGACUCUGCCCAGGCAGGCUCAUUCGGACAAGCUCAUGUGACGUGUGCAACAGCACUGACCUUCCGGAAGUUGAGAUCAUCAGCCUGCUGGAGGAGCAGCUGCCCCAUUACAAGCUAAGAGCUGACACCAUCUACGGUUAUGACCACGACGACUGGCUCCAUACGCCCCUCAUUUCUCCAGAUGCCAACAUUGACCUCACGACCGAGCAGAUUGAGGAGACGCUGAAGUACUUCCUUUUAUGUGCUGAAAGAGUUGGCCAGAUGACUAAGACAUAUAAUGACAUAGAUUCUGUAACUCGGCUUCUUGAGGAGAAAGAGCGGGAUCUAGAGUUGGCUGCUCGGAUCGGCCAGUCGUUGUUGAAGAAGAACAAGACACUAACCGAGAGGAAUGAGCUGCUGGAGGAGCAGGUGGAACACAUCAGGGAGGAGGUGUCACAGCUCCGGCAUGAACUGUCCAUGAAGGAUGAGCUGCUUCAGUUCUACACCAGCGCCGCAGAGGAGAGCGAGCCGGAGUCUGUGUGCUCCACCCCGUUGAAGAGGAAUGAGUCGUCCUCCUCCGUCCAGAAUUACUUCCACCUGGAUUCUCUCCAGAAGAAGCUGAAGGACCUUGAAGAGGAGAACGUUGUGCUUCGAUCAGAGGCCUGCCAGCUGAAGACGGAGACUAUUACCUAUGAAGAGAAGGAGCAGCAGCUGGUCAAUGACUGCGUGAAGGAGCUGAGGGAUGCCAACGUGCAGAUUGCCAGUAUCUCGGAGGAACUGGCCAAGAAGACGGAAGAUGCUGCCCGCCAGCAAGAGGAGAUCACACACCUGCUCUCCCAAAUAGUUGAUUUGCAGAAGAAGGCAAAAGCUUGUGCAGUGGAAAAUGAAGAACUUGCCCAACAUCUGGGGGCCGCCAAGGAUGCCCAGCGGCAGCUCACGGCCGAGCUGCGCGAGCUGGAGGACAAGUACGCCGAGUGCAUGGAGAUGCUCCACGAGGCCCAGGAAGAGCUCAAGAACCUCCGGAACAAGACCAUGCCCAACACCACGUCCAGGCGCUACCACUCGCUGGGCCUGUUUCCCAUGGACUCCUUGGCGGCGGAGAUCGAGGGAACCAUGCGCAAGGAGCUGCAGCUGGAAGAGCCCGAGUCGCCAGACAUCGCUCACCAGAAGCGAGUCUUUGAGACUGUAAGAAACAUCAACCAGGUCGUCAAGCAGAGGUCUCUGACCCCGUCCACCAUGAACAUCCCUGGCUCCAACCAGUCCUCGGCCAUGAACUCCCUCCUGUCCAGCUGUGUCAGCACCCCCCGGUCCAGCUUCUACGGCAGCGACGUCGGAAACGUCGUCCUUGACAACAAGACCAACAGCAUCAUCCUGGAAGCAGAGUCAGCAGACCUGGGAAACGAGGAGCGGAGCAAGAAACCGGGCACGCCGGGCACCCCGGGGUCCCACGACCUGGAGACGGCGCUGCGGCGGCUGUCCCUCCGCCGGGAGAACUACCUCUCGGAGAGGAGGUUCUUCGAGGAGGAGCAGGAGCGGAAGCUCAGGGAGCUGGCAGAGAAGGGCGAGCUGCUCAGCGGCUCCCUGACGCCCACCGAGAGCAUCAUGUCCCUGGGCACGCACUCGCGCUUCUCGGAGUUCACCGGCUUCUCUGGCAUGUCGUUCAGCAGCCGCUCCUACCUGCCCGAGAAGCUGCAGAUCGUCAAGCCGCUGGAAGGUUCUGCCACCCUUCACCACUGGCAGCAGUUGGCCCAGCCUCACCUCGGGGGCAUCCUGGACCCCCGGCCUGGUGUGGUCACCAAGGGCUUCCGGACGCUGGACGUUGACCUGGACGAAGUGUACUGCCUCAGCGACUUCGAAGAAGACGACACAGGUGACCACAUUUCCCUCCCGGGCCUAGCUACCUCCACGCCAGUUCAGCACCCAGAGACCUCAGCCCACCACCCUGGGAAGUGCAUGUCACAGACAAACUCCACCUUCACCUUCACCACCUGUCGCAUCCUGCACCCUUCAGACGAGCUCACGCGGGUCACACCAAGCCUUAACUCGGCCCCGACUCCAGCUUGUGGCAGCACCAGCCACUUGAAGUCCACGCCGGUGGCCACGCCGUGCACUCCGCGGAGACUGAGCCUGGCCGAAUCCUUCACUAACGUCCGUGAGUCCACGACCACCAUGAGCACAUCCCUGGGGCUGGUGUGGCUGCUGAAGGAGCGGGGCAUUUCCGCGGCUGUCUACGACCCCCAGAGCUGGGACAGGGCUGGCCGGGGCUCUCUCCUGCACUCCUACACCCCCAGGAUGGCCGUGAUCCCCUCUACCCCGCCCAACUCGCCUAUGCAGUCGCCCAUGUCUUCCCCGCCCUCCUUCGAGUUCAAGUGCACGAGCCCUCCCUACGACAACUUCCUGGCUUCCAAGCCAGCCAGCUCCAUCCUGAGGGAGGUGAGGGCGAAGAGGGCUGUCCGGAGCAGCGAGAGCCAGACCGACGUGUCUGUCUCCAACCUUAACCUCGUGGACAAAGUUAGGAGGUUUGGUGUGGCCAAAGUGGUGAACUCGGGGCGACCCCACGUCCCCACCUUGACUGAGGACCAGGGACCUCUCCUCUGUGGGCCCCCGGGCCCCACGCAGGCCCUUGUCCCCAGAGGCCUGGUACCUGAGAGCCUGCCCCUUGGAUGCCCCACUGUCACCAGUGCCGUCGGCGGGCUCCAGCUCAACAGUGGCAUCCGACGGAACCGCAGCUUCCCCACCAUGGUGGGGUCCAGCAUGCAGAUGAAAGCCCCCGUGACGCUCACCUCGGGCAUCUUGAUGGGUGCUAAACUCCCCAAACAAACUAGCUUACGGUGA